AUGUUUUUUAUUUGCUAUGCAAUAUUAAUUAUACAAUAUUUAGUUGGUAUUAAUGCAAAAUGGGUAAUUGAUGCUAAUUCUUCAAUUCUCGAUGAAAUUCAAAAAAAUCCAUCAAUUGGUUAUUUAAUAAAAUUUCAUGCUCCAUGGUGUGGACAUUGUAAACAUUUCGAACCUGUUUAUGAAGAAAUAGCCAAAGAAGUCAAUGAUUUAUCAACAACUGUUGAUGACUUAAAAAAUAUUCGUAUUGUACGUCUUGAUGCAACUGUUUAUUCUGAUGUUGCUAAUUACUAUGAUAUACGUGGCUAUCCAACAGUAAAGUUUAUUCGUGGUUCACAAAUAAUUCCAUAUGAAAAUGAACGAUCAAAAUCAGCUGUUUUAAGCUUUUUAAAACGAGUUAAUGGACCAUCAUUACGAUGGAUAUCAUCAAUAGAUCAAUUUAAUGAAAUACGUAAUGAACAUGAAGUUUUCUUUUUACUUGUUACAACAACAACCACAAAUGAAGAUGAUCAAUUAAUAAAAGAAUAUAAUGAGAUUAUUAAUCAAUAUAUAAGUCAAGCUUAUUUCUAUGCAACAAAUGUAUCAAUUAUUCAAGAAACAUUUUUUUCAAAAUAUGAAUCCGAUGAUGAAUCACAAAUAUUUGCUAUUAAAAAAGAAGAAUUUUAUUUAUAUAAACCAGAUGAUUAUAAGAAUAGUUUAGAAGAAUUUAUUCUUAAAGAAAAAAUUCCUACUUUUCUACAAGUUUCAGCUGGAAAUAUAUAUGAUUUAAUUUUAACAAAGAAAAUUAUUGUUAUUUAUGGAUUUAAUGAACAACCAGAACUAACUGAUCAAAAUGCUAGAAGAAUUGAACUCAAAUCUCAAAUCCAUAGUUAUGUAAUUAAGCACACUUCAACACUUCACAAUACAUUCCAAUUUGCAUGGUCAAAUGACCUUGAUUUACUUAGUAAUAUUGCUGUAUGGACACUGGAAGGACCACUUUUAUUUCUCUAUGAUAGUAUUCAUCGUAAAUAUGGUAUUUAUCCAUUACCAUCUAUGAUUAAUCAAAAUAUUAAAAUAGAAUCUAUUCUUGAUUAUGUUAUUUCUAAUUAUUCACAAAUUAUCCGGGAAACAGGUAAUGCAUGGACAAAACGUUUAGUUCGUCCAUUUUGGGAAAUCUAUCGAACAAUUAUGGCAAUGUUUAUCGAAGCCCCAGCUAUUUCCAUGCUUGUUCUCGGACUUCCAGCUUCUGCUGUAUCGAUCGUCUGUUAUUGUUUAUGUUGUUUACCAAAUGAAACAUUGAUGAAUGAUACAGAAAUUCCUGAUGAGAUAGAAGAAUAUGAUGAAAGUAUUGAACACAAUGAAGAAGAUGAUGAACAUGAUAUAUCAACAUUACCAAUAACACCCGAUGAUAAACAGAAAACAAAUAUAGAAAAAAAAGAAGAUUAG